CGGUUUAUACAAUUUUUUGAUAUGGGAGAGGGAUUUCACCCAGAAACUCUUCUUAUUGAUAUUAGUAUUCCUUCUUCAAGUAUGACUUUGGAUAUAAAACCACAUGUAAUAUAUAUAUUACAUGUGCAGUUAACAAUGAAGUCUUAUACCCUGAAAAAGAGAUAUUCUGAGUUUUGUACUCUACAUAAACAGCUCUUAGAAGUUACAGGCUGUGCACCUCCUGUAGAAUUGCCUCCAAAGUAUUAUUUAUUGAAUAUUUUUUCAAAACCUUCAUUAAUUGAAGAACGGAGGCGUGGACUUGAAGCAUAUGUUAUAGGAAUUCAUCGUAGUGAGGAUACAUGUUGGAGAUUAAGUCCUCCUUGGAGACAAUUUUUAAAGCUUCCCGUUUAUGCGAUUGGACGACCUAUGAUUUCAGCAGAUAAUUCGGCGAUUCAAUUGUCAGAUCAAUCAUGGAUGCGUCUAUUUCAUGAGACAAAAUCUCUUCUUCAAGAAGCUAAACGUCAUGUGUCAAGACGAGGAUACUUAGAAGGUGCAAUUGCGUCGCAGGUUACACGGGUUUCUUCAAUAAAGGGCUUUUGUACGAUUCAUUCUUCUUUAGAACAAUUAAGUCAAGGGUUAGAUAAUCGGAAUAUUCAUACAAGUAUUGGAGAGAGAGAAUUAUGGCGUAGAAAGGAUUUAUUGGAGAAUAUGAAGCGAGAAUACGCAUUUUUGGAGCAUAUUGUUUACAAUAAUAAUCAGAUUAAGCACGAUAUUCCUUCUUCUAUUCAAACAUGGAAGGAUUGUGAAACAUCGUUUACACGAUGUAAUUUGGAUAGGAUACCAGAGACGGAACGGACUCGAGAAUUAAGCAGUGUGGGAUUGAUUCAUUUGCAGAAAGAUAUCCUUAAUAAACAAGAUGAACAGCUUGGGGCUUUUUUACCAAUUUUGCGAAAACAAAAAGAGAUAGUUACAGCAAUUGCGGAUGAAUUGGAUAUGCAAAAUGAUAUGUUGAAUGAAUUAGAUGAAAGUGUUCAAAAAACUCAUUUAAAACUUAAAUCUGCAAAAAAAAAAAGUGAACAGUUAAAAUAAUCGAUUUUUUUAAUAAAUUGAUAUCCAUGUAUAUAAUUCAUAAACGUUAUAAAGAUAAUGGGUUUUGGCUAGGAUUUUUUCUUUUUUUUGAGACCAAUAGAAGAUGCACAUCUAUUUUAUUUAGAAGCAUGAUCGAUUCCACGAAAUUACUCACUCAUCUGAACAUGUCCAUUUGCCUUUAGGUACCGAAGUGAUAGACACGCAAUCCCAAUGAAACCAUUCUCUUUUACACUUUUCAAAAUUAGCAAAAAUAUUGCAAAAUAAUAAAAGAUACUUUAUCAUUAUCACAUGCAAUCAUUCGUCCAUAUGAAAUUUGAUUACAAAAACAAUAUCUUGGCUCUUUUGAAAUAUUACGAUGUUUUUUUUUAGUUUUCAAUUUUUCUUUAUUUAUGAUUUCCAGUUCUUUUACUUGUUGAUUUUCUACUAAUGCUUCUUGUAGGCUUUGUAAUGUUUGUUCAAUGGCAUCAAGGUGUCGUUCGACCUUAAACAAUCAACCUAGUUGAUUAUAACAUAUAAAUUUACUGUUUUAUGAAGUCUGCAUGUUUCUGUUAAUGCUAUGGAACGGUUUUGUGUAGAUAUUUUCAAUAAUCGAGCCAUCUGAACAUAUUUUUCUGGUUCAGCAGUUGAUACUGUUAAAGCAAGUUCGUCCAGUUGAUUUAUACAAACUAUUUAUAUUAAACUCUUAAUUCCUUCCUCAGUCCUAUUACUUGAGCUCUCAUCAUCAAGUUGUCGUAUCAACUGUAGUGAACGUAAUAAGUCUACAGGAAGAUGUUGAGUAACUAUCAUAAUUAGCUUCCUUUAAAUCGAAAAAAAUGUGAAAA